UGUGCUUGGGCGCCGCUCAGAGACAGCAUUGGCCUGUCUCCGGAUAGGCCACACGUGUCUCACACAUAGUUACCUUACGUCCCAGGAAACAUAACCAUACUGUAAUGACUGCUUAGUUCCCCUUACAAAGCCGCACUUUCUGGUAGAGUGUUCCAGUCUGGUGGCCCUGCGUGAGCGAUACCUCUUCCAUUGCCGUGGUGAAGAUGUGACUUCCCGCGCCUAGUGAUACUUGGAGAGAGGGCUUUUGCCUUGGAGCUUGAGGCCCUCAUGCUUUUGAAAAAUGCUGGUCUUCUGGAUAAACUAUAGCUUCCUUUUGUAUCACUAUUAAUUUAUAUUAUUUUAUUAGUAAUCUUAUGUUAUUUAGAGCUUUAACCUUGCACUGAGAGAACCCGGAGGCAAGUGAGGGAGAUACGUAACAAAGCUGGUUCCUGGGGCUAGUUUCUUGGGCACAUAAGGAACAAUGCUAGAUAUCUUAGUUGAGGUUAGUGUCUUCAGUAUAAAACGAAUAACGCCAGACAUAUGCAUCAAUGGAGUUAAGUGCUCCCUUAAAUGAAACUGAUCGAUUCACAUACCAGCUGUCUUAGCUUUUAGCACUUCCCUUUCCGCUGAUUAUUCCUAUCUUCUUUUAUAUAUCUGCAUUUUAAGUGAUUUUUACUAUGUUUUUACUAUCUUAUACUUAGUUAUUAUUAUUAUCAAUACUUAAACCCACCAAUUUAGCAGGCUUCAAAGAUGAAGUCACCGUCUACCACAGCAGCAAUAGAAAUGUUAAAAGGAAAGUUUAAAAAAAUAAAGCUACAAAGAGAAGGAUAUUAAGUUGUGUCCACACUAUCGAGCAUGCUCGACGGGCAAACAGUGAUACCAGAUCCCGUUCCAAUACAAUAGCAAGGAGGGUGAGUGGCAGGCACGAAGGUGACGUCAGAAGCGAGGAGACUGGGGGCAAACUAGCGGGCAAAUGUCUGUGAGUUUGCAGGAAACCCCAGAAACUGUUUCGAGUGGUAUGAUGCGAAACACUAAAUGUGUCCUCAUAAUUAAGUAGGAAUCUAUCUCGCAUUCAAAGUGUUCUGUGCAUAUCAGCAUGUCUGGCGGUCCUUCUACAAGUGUACCUGAAGGAGGAAACGUUCAGUGGUCCAGGGAAGAUACAGCAUGGAUAAUCGAUAUGUACCGUCAAAAACCUUGCUUGUGGAACAUAAAGAGUGCUGAUUAUAAGGACAGAAAUAAACGUGUAACAGCCCUUACAGCAAUAACAAGAGAAAUAGAAAAGAAGUAUGCAUCCGUUACCAUUGCGGAUAUAAAAAAGAAACUAGAUUGUUUGCGAAAUCAGUACAGGCGUGAAAUGCGACAGAUAGAAAACUCUCGCAAGUCAGGAGCUGGGACGGACGACGUGUACAGCCCCAAGUUAUGGUGCUUUGAUGAGCUUUCUUUUCUCAAUGAUGGUGGCAUAACGAGGACAUCUCAGUCAAACAUCGAUCCUGACAGUAACAAAGCUGUGGAAGAACAUAAUGAUCAUGAGAUUUUCAACGAUCCACUGCUAGUGGGCGAAGCUGCAACCUCUACUGCACCAAGAAAACCAGCAAUGUCCCAGUGUGCAUCUUCUACGGAUACAAAUGUGACACCACGUGAUACUUCUACGCCCUGUACUUCCAAGCGAUCAGCCAAAAGGACACAUGACGAUGCAGAUGACGUAAUUAGGGAAGCCCUCCAGCAAAUGAGGGAAUUGUCGUCUACACAAGACACUGCCGAUGAGUUAACUGAUUUUGCAAAAGUAAUUGCAAACGACUUGCGACAACUGACGGGUGAAACCCAAAUUGUGGCACAAAAAUUAAUAUAUGACGUUAUAUUUCUUGCUAAACUUGGUAAACUUUCAACUUCCUCAUAAUUCAUAAUCUAGAUGGGUUUACACAUAGUGCAUUUUUUAUUUUGAGUUUGGAUUGUGUUCCAGCCCCCUAAAAAUAAAUGGACAUUGUAAAGUGUGAACACACACACACACACACGUAUGUAUACAUAUAUAUGCGGGAGCAGACACACAUGUAUCCAUAUACAUAUAUGCUAAAGUAUAUAUGUAAUUGAUAGAAAUAGCACUAUUAUUUCAUAUAAACACAGCUGGGCCUUUAUUACACAUAACAUAAGCAUACAUAAUGAACAACACACUAUGUACUAAGUUCAAUAAAGUUGUUUGCA